GAGCUCAGUGGUAGCCAUUUUGACAGUGACAAUGGUGUUAUUGAUGUGGUGAAUCGUUUUGUAGAAGUCCAAAAUGCUAACUUCUGCAAAGAAGGCAUCUGUAUGUGCCACAACUGCUGGAUUAAGUGUGUAAAUGUAGCAUGGGACUAUGUUGAGAAAUAAAUGUGCUAUAGGCUUUGACUACUUCUACCUUAGGCCACAGAUGUAUCAACUGCUCCCAGUAUUUGGGCAAUUUAGAUGAUUUAUUUGCAUGCAUUUAGAUGUAGUGGUGUGCAGAUGAAAGCACAAAUUAUUAGUGGUAAUGGAAAUAACUCAUUAAACGAAAGAAAAUGCUUUAACAACAGAAAGCAAAGCAGAUAAAUAUUGAAAUAGAAAUGUGGAAGAAACUGAAUAAAGAAAUACAGCCUUGUUGCACGUCAGAGUCCAAAUUCCCUUGAUAUUAGCAACUGAGCCCACUACAGUCAUAGAGCGUGCAGUGUCCUGAGGUUCUUGGAAGACUUCUGCUGUUAUCCCAUUAAAGGGUUAUCUCUUCUUUUGGCUGUCCCAAGACUUAAAGAUUAAGGUGGUCACUGCACAAGAUUUCAGCCAGACAUCAGUGCUUCCUGUGCUGCCCGUGUUCACAUUUUUCCCUCUCGCCUCAACUUCACCACAGGCUCUCUGCAGGAUUCUGGACAAAAUACCUCCAGAGGAACAAUGGGCACCCACUGCUCCAGCCUGGAUGAUAUCCUGGAGGAGGACAUGCACCACUGGUACACCAAGUUCAUGAAGGAGUCUCCUUCGGGGCUCAUAACACUCUUUGAGCUCAAGGCUAUGCUUGAAAUGAAUGGGAUGACAGAGGAGGCCAGCAGCUAUGUGGACCAGGUCUUUUUCACAUUUGACAUGGACGGGGAUGGUUAUAUAGACUUUGUCGAAUACAUUGCAGCAAUAAGUUUGUUACUGAAAGGAGAAAUUAACCAGAAACUAAAGUGGUACUUCAAGCUCUUUGAUCAAGAUGGAAAUGGAAAAAUUGACAAGGAAGAACUGGAGACUAUAUUUAAGGCUAUUCAGGACAUCACCAGAAGUUAUGACAUUCCUCCAGAAGAGAUUGUGACUCUUAUAUAUGAGAAGAUUGAUGUCCACGGUGAAGGUGAACUGACGCUGGAGGAGUUCAUCAGUGGAGCCAGGGAUCAUCCUGACAUCAUGGAUAUGCUCACCAAGAUGAUGGAUCUUACACAAGUCCUUGAAAUCAUCAUCAGAGGUCAACAGAAGAAGGCUGUAAACUGAAUGGGCGAUCAGAAGUCUGGACUGUGUGCAGAACCAAGAUCAUUUUUGGUGGAUUUUCAGAAUGUGCUGAGGAAAGAGAGUAUGUGCAUGGCUGAUGAAGAGCCAAGUCCCAUUUCAAACUGCACAGAAAGAACUGAUUGAACUGACCAAGCAGUCCCAUCCAGUUAUGAUCUCUCUGUAGGUCACCCGAGGGAAGCAGAGAACCUGUCCUCUCUGCCCCUGCUUGCGCUCUCACAUUUCUUGGUCCUUUUGAGUGACAACACUCAACACUGUUUGGGGAGUCCCAUCUGCUUUUGGGUUCCCAUCUUGGUUCAAGCAGAUGGCACAGAGUAAGGUGGAUCAGUCACUUUCAUUCAUUGUACUUAGAGCUUGUUGAGCUUGGUUUGCAGACCUCUCAGGCACAAUGUGAGAAACAGACUGGGUUA